AGUUGGAUAAUUCGGAUCGGUGAUUGCAGUUUACCCUGACGUCUGUCCGCCAGCAGAAAACCGAUCGCCGUUUGAAUAGCACAACUGCAGUAGUGUCUAUAUAAUGUCGAUUAAACUGAAGUCGCACCGGGAAAUGAACGAAAUGGCCAUGCACAUGCCGAAUUCAAAGGCUAUGCAUGAUCAAUUGGUGAUUAUUAUGGGGGCGUUGACCAAAGCAGCUGUAGCAGAGAUCUGUGAAAUCGUCGACGAAGGUUAUGCUGUUCUGCAUUUAGAAAUAACAAAAAGGCAUAAGGAAAACGAGGACCUUAAGAAAAAGCUGCAUUUGAUCGAAUCUAUUAUUGCGCGUGGCAACGCGUCCUCUCAAGCUCCAAAUGUAGCUAGCACAGACGCGGUGUCCUUAUCGCGAGAUGCUACCUGCACUAAACAUCGACAGAAUAACAACGGGGAAAACGUCAACGAUGAUGGGAAAAUAACUCCCGGAGAUGGACACUUAAUGGAACGAGAAGAGUUUCCCGAUGUGGUGCUCAUCAAAGAUGAAGAUUCAGAUAAUGAGGCCAACGAGGAGAGCAAGGAUGGUGCCAAAGUUACUAAAGCCCGGGCACAGGCCAUCACAGGAGGCAGGGAGGGAAGCAGCCCAGGACAGUUCAGAAACAAGAUAAGAAACUGGCCAGGAAAUGACACUGAAGGAAACCUGCAGUUGGACCUGAGGAAGAAGACGUCAAAACAGACUUUCAAACGCUCCGCACCCAAAAUAAAUUCCGGCAACAGGAAGACUAUGGGCUCUCCAUUCACACUGCGUGCAGCCUCCAAUGAGCCUGGUUGUUCUGGGCAGUUAGAGGGCGAUGAGAUGGCGAUAGCGGAGUCCAGUCACUCGUAUUCCUCUGACACGGCCGCGGAGGGCUUAUUGGUUCACCCAGACCACCCGGACUGCUCACCAGUGUCAGAUAUUAACACUAAUAGUCAGGUGUACUUUGAGGCUCAGGGCGAGGCCAUGAUUGACUCUGAGCCUAAUAAACUAGAGCUGGACCUGUGCUCGCCAUGGCCCAAACAGAGGAAUAGUGAUUUGGAUUUUACUCGGUUCCAUCAAAGUGAAAACGAUGAGAACGAGGCUUUUGGACUGAAGCUAAUAAGCGUGUCGGGGGCGACUACCACUCACUGUCCACUUUCCUCAGAAAUCAACACCUCCAUGGACUUUGAUGGUUCCGACCUGAUGGCCUUCACGGUCUACGACGAACAGUCCAGCCGGCUGCAACACGGCGAAGUGCAGGCGGGCGCAAUCGGUAAAGGGAGGCGUUUCAUCUGCCGACUUUGCAACAAGCACUUUGCCACUUCCCAGAACCUCGAGGUACACAUGCGGAUUCACACGGGAGAGCGACCUUUCAGUUGCGCCCAGUGUGGGAAGAGGUUCACUCAGUCCGCCCAUCUGAAGUCACACUUGAACAUUCACACAGGAGAGCGUCCACACGCGUGUGGAAUCUGUGGGAAGAGUUUCAUAGUGAAAUAUAGUAUGAAGUUACAUAUGAAGAAAUGCCACUCCAAUGUGUAAAGCUUAAACUGUCAUCCAUAAACCAGUUCAAUCUAAUUAGGAACUUGUGGUAAUCAUUCAAAAGCUUGUCUAUAAUGUUGAUGUUUAUUAUAUCUACUUUUGAUACAUUUGUUGUUUCAUCUAAGUGGAGGUUCAUUUUCAUCGUACUGUGGUAUGAUUGUGAAAUGUUUUUUUAAUCCGACCCUAUAGUAGAACAUGUAUUAUAGUUAACAAAGUAUGACAAUAGACCAAGUUAAACUGUUUUACUCUAACAUUAGUGCAAUGUAUUUUUUUAAAUACAAUUAUAAAUGUAGCUGAUUUAAUUUGUGACUGUUAUUCUGUUAUUCAUCACAGCAGUUUCUUCUGCAAUAGUUGUAUUUAGAUUAAACAA